UUACCGAUCGGAAAGAUCCGAAUCUUCCCCUCCGGACAUUCCGAAACCAAUGCCCAUCCGACGCCUAAAAACCCCACUCCACCGUAAAAAAAGAAAAAAUAAAAAACGUAAACUUUCGGGCAAUCCGAAGUCCCAAGACCGAAUCUUUAUUACGUCCCACCUCGUUUCCCAACCUCAAUUCUCCGUCAAACCUCCUCGGGAGCCAGUGCCGGUUGGUGGGUACCUUCGAAUUGCUCGAAUUUGCUCGGGGAUCGGCUAAAGUUUCGAGCUUUGGGGUCGGUUGUUCGGUUGCCAUGGUGAUGUCCGUGGCGUCGUCUCCGAGGAAGGGGACGGCCAAGGAGAAGGCGUUCCAGCGGAAGGCGCGGGAUUUCUUCAAGGGCGGCGACAAGGGCGUCGGCAACUCCCGGCGCAAGAGGUCGUCGCCCGAGUUCGAGGGCGACGACUUCGAGGAGGACGAGGAUUGCAUGGAGCUCGUGCAGAUUGGCGCCGAGAGGACGAAGAACGUGUUGAUUCUGAUGAGCGACACCGGCGGCGGCCACCGGGCGUCGGCGGAGGCGAUUCGCGACGCCUUCAAGUUGGAGUUCGGGGAUGAGUACAGGAUAUUUGUGAAGGAUGUAUGGAAAGAAUAUACAGGCUGGCCUUUGAACAACAUGGAGAAAUCAUACAAGUUCUUGGUGAAGCAUGUACAGCUGUGGAAUGUUGCGUUUCACAGCACGUCUCCGCGAUGGAUUCACUCCAUGUAUCUCGCUGCAAUUGCAGCUUACUACGCCAAGGAGGUGGAGGCUGGUCUAAUGGAGUACAAGCCAGACAUCAUUAUUAGCGUUCAUCCUCUGAUGCAGCAUAUUCCUCUCUGGGUUCUCAAGUGGCAAAACCUUCAAAAGAAAGUCAUUUUUGUGACUGUAAUCACGGAUCUAAACACAUGCCAUCCUACAUGGUUUGUCCAUAUAAUUGCCUUGAAAGAUGCAUUGCUCAUCUAUUGGCUUCUGCUUAAUCAUCUGUUUUGUAAUUUUUUAUUUUUAAAAACAUAUUUCAGGUUUCAUCCUGGAGUAAAUAGAUGCUACUGUCCUUCACAAGAGGUAGCCAAACGGGCUUUGCUAGAUGACCUUACGGAGUCCCAAAUACGCGUUUUUGGCCUCCCUAUUCGGCCAUCCUUUGCACGUGCAGUUCUUUCAAAGGAUGAUCUUAGAAAGGAAUUUGGAAUGGAUCCAAAUUUGCCUGCAGUCCUAUUAAUGGGAGGGGGUGAAGGUAUGGGCCCGGUUAAGAAAACUGCAAAGGCAUUAGGAGAGUCAUUGUUCGAUCAAGAACUUGGGAAGCCAAUAGGGCAAUUGAUCAUAGUAUGUGGCCGUAACAAAGCACUCGCAUCGACAUUAGAAUCUGAAGAGUGGACAAUCCCUGUUAAGGUAAGAGGAUUUGAGACCCAGAUGGAGAAAUGGAUGGGAGCUUGCGACUGCAUAAUAACAAAAGCAGGACCUGGUACAAUCUCAGAAGCAUUGAUCAGAGGCCUUCCAAUCAUCCUCAAUGACUACAUUCCCGGACAGGAAAAGGGCAAUGUUCCCUAUGUAGUGGAUAACGGAGCUGGCGUCUUCACCCGGAGUCCCAAAGAAACGGCCAGAAUCGUGGCUGAAUGGUUCACCACCAAAACGGAAGAACUCAAGAAAAUGUCGGAAAAUGCGCUGAAACUGGCACAGCCUGAGGCCGUCUUUGACAUUGUCAAGGACAUACAUGAGCUCUCAAGCCAACGUGGGCCGCUAGCCAGCAUUCCUUAUGUACUAACAUCGUCAUUUUCCAGCCUAAUAUAAGUACAGCAUCCAUGUUUUUCCAAGCAAUUUAUGUUUCUAGAAUCCCCUUGUACAGAUGUAAUAGAUGUGUAGUUUCCAUUCUUUUUGCCUGGGAGGCCAUUCAUGACAUAAAGUGAGUAGAACAGAGAAUCUACUCUAAAAGCUCUAGAUCAGCUUGCAAGUUAUUGGUGGUUUACUGAGGUCUUUCAGAAAGAGUCAUUGAUUAGGAUAGGAUUGUCAAAAGAUGAUGUCGAAACUCUUGUUGUGAUCCUUUUUGCUUUGCUUAUAGUGAAAUCUCUCUACUAUCUGGAUUGCUGAAGUUCC